AUGGCAUACUUUUUUAAACUUGUUAAGGAGGAGCUGCCGUCUAUCUUAGAAGGUUUGACCGACAAGGCAGAAGGGUCCUGGCUCCAUGAGCUGUCUGGUAUGAGCUCGGAGGUUCUGGAUCUGCUUGGGACCAGCGUCUGUGAAAUUGAGUAUCGACGGCUAUACUCAAAUGCAGGUCGUGUCCCCAGUCGUCGUAUCCGGCGAGGUCUAUAA